CACGCUUGGAGGAGCAGGUGGGGAUGUUCAAGCAGAACUCCGAACUUAAUCUCAACUCUAGUCUUACCUACCUACAGAUACCCCAGAAUAAUGACACUGAAAAGAUGUACAGAAGGACAAGAUCUCGUAAGUUUGUGAUAGACGGGGAGGAGCUGGUAAGACACACUGAGGAUCUGAUUAGCAUCAGAGACGAAAGUAAAACUACUUACGCUCAACGUGUCUACAAGCUCAGGAAAGAAGUAGAAAAGGAAUACAACUUGCUGAGAAAGACAGAGCUCAAGGAUCAGAAGAAGAUGAUGGGAAAGUGGAAGGCUGAGCGAGACGACCUUAUCAAGUCCCAGAGAUCUGAAGCGGAUGGUAUCCUCAAGGCUUGCAACCAAAUCCUCGAUAAAACUCACAAAGACAGGAAAAAGGAGUUAGAAAAGAAAGAAAAAGAGCAUGGCGCUGAGUUCAAUUCUUUAGUGGAAACUCUGAAGAAAGAGAAAGAAAAGUUGCUGAAGGAGCACGCUAAGCAGGCCAAAGUAACAAGACGGUCUAUGAAGCGUGGAAUUGAACCAAAACUGGAACCUAUUGAAACUGAGAAUGACCAAAGAUUAAGACAUUGUGAGCUACACGAACAGCUUAGCAAGGAACAGAAGCAGUCGAUGCUGGAACUGGAGCUGAAGUAUAUAGAAAUAACCCGUGAAAUAGUUCUAAAGAGGGCGGAGGAUCUUUAUGAGAUCGACUCCGCGUAUUGUAUCAAAAUGUUUGAUCUGGGAUUAGAGCAGCUCAAGGUUAACUUCGAGAUGCAGCAAGAGCACAACCGGAUUAAACAUCAAAAGGAGCAAGAAUUCACAAAGAGGACACUGGCUCUAGAAGAAGCAGAACUAAUGAAACAGCAAGAGGUGGAUCGCAAGAACGUCCCAAAGAAGAUCAAGGAAGACAAGAAACGUCGCCUAGAAGUGGUUAAUAAAAGUGUUGCCCUGCUCAGCAGAUCGGAGAGGAAGAAAUUCCUUGAACAGUUCAAAGUAGAACAGAAGGACCGCGAAUCGGAGAUCUGGAAGGAAGUGUGGGACAUACAGAAGGAGCAGAAGGAGAACUUCCUGACCCGAAAGAAGGAGACAAUUGAGCGGUGCCGUCAGAUCCAGGUUGAGGCGGAGGGGAGUGUUUUGGAAACUCAGCGGCACAAGAAGGCUGAGCGGACAGAACUCUGUGAACAGGAGAAGAGGAAAAUAAAGAGAAAAUACGAUGAAAAGAUCGAGGAGUUCGAAGAGCGACACAGCCACAACAGGGAAAGCGUAGAGAAGUAUUACCACAAAAUAGGGAAUCUAGCGCCCAACGCCUACAACCCUCUCCCCAUGACCCAGAGCAAGGCGGACCUGACCUUUACCCGGAACUCUUACGCCGGAUACUCCGGGAGAUACUCUGAAGACUCCAGGACCAGCAACUCCUCUAACAGACUCUCUGUAGCUAGUCAGUGUGAUAUGAGUCCGUUCGAACCCAGUGGAUCUGAUAGAAUAAAUGAGGUAUUUGGCUUCCUAAACGACGAAGAUACCACAACAGACUCCCACCCUCUGUCAGAACUAGAGCGUUUAGGCGUCCCUCUCCCUCCUCUCCCAGUAGAAAGAGAAACAUACCUAAACACAACAUUAGUUCCUGAACCAGACUAUCAGGACAUCGUGUUUGACCAUGACGACUUCGUCUCAGAGCCGGAACUAGAAGUACUGUCUGAUGAUCCAGAUGUUGUGUGUCACCCGGAACCGUUAAUGCUGCCGGAGCCGGAUGGACUAUUUGAGUGUGACCCUCUGCAGGACCCCCCUCCCCCGGUAGACACACCCCCUUACAGCCCUCUCUUCAACCCUGACAGUCCUCUUCUUAACCCUGACAGCCCCCUCAUGAUUAACGCUGUAGUUGUUCCGCUCUUUAGGUCGGAGCCCCACACUCCCACUAAUAAUCCUCCUCCUAAACCUCGCAAGCCCGAGUCCGAUUACAGAGAAAGAUUAUUUACUGGUGACAGUUUAGGACGCCGAGUCUCCACGCCAAUGUCUAACGGCUCCUCCACGCCGGAUGACGGAGGUUCAACACCCGCCACUUGCAUGUCACCUGCUCCGGGUGAUGUCAUCACUAAACCAGCUCUCUUCCUGUCGAGCACCUCCCCCACUUCCGGGACCCUCUCCCCAACCCUCACCAAGUGCUCAGCUGAAUCUGUAGGGUCUCCGGACAGUGGGGACAAGCUUUACGUCCAGCCGCCUCCUAAACCUCAGCGCGCUUCUACCCUGGGCAGGGCGAGAGUUGAGGACAUUUCAGCAAGCUGCGAUGGACUCUGACCACAUUUCCCAUUCAACUUUUGAAAUGCUAAAUACGCCGAAUGAUGCUACUAGCUUAUGAAUAUGAGACGUGAACUUCGAUGCUAUCGCCAAAUGAAAUGCCACCCUCAAAUAUCAAUGCUAACAGUAACAGGUUAUAAUAUAGGUCACUUAAAUAAUAAUAGAGAAGUGAGAACUAAUUUUAGAAGGGUAGACGUGGCUUGAUUAAAAUGUUUCUCAUUUCUAUUCCUCUAUUAUUUCCAUCAUGGAUUGAUUUCAAAUUGAAAGUGAAAUAUUGACAAAACCUUAGAGAGGAUAUGGCUACUUUAAAAUAGCUCCAGUUCUUUAGCUAAAUCUGCACAAGUUAAACCAUUAAACGAACGACUCAAGCACCUUUUUAUCGACUAAAACACGUUUUAAAUUCUGGCAAAAACGAAUUUAUUCAAUUUUAAAAUUUUUAUUUGUUAUAUUUUCUUGUACUUGUAUAACAUACUGAAUGUGUUUAUAAAAAGUUUGGAUUGAUAUUGAGUUUGACUUUAAUAAGCUUUUAUAAGCUUUAAACUUGUAAUAAGAUUUUUAAUAUCUCUUUGGUUUAGUAAUUGUAAAGUUUUGUAUUACUUCUUACCGAAUAUUUAUACUUA